CUUCUGGGUCUGCUUUUCCACCACGUUCAGAAACAGUAACUGGAUGCCUGCUGUGUGCCAGGCACUGUGCUCAGCACUGGGGAUUCAGACAUGAGCCACAUUCCCUAAUCAGUGAGGGAGACAGGCAAACAAGCGCAGCACAGGGGAAAUCCAACCCAGGAAAUGCAAAAGGCUUUGCUCACAAUAGGUGACUAAUAAACAUUUGUGGAAUGAAUGAUGAAGAGGCAAAUAUAUAUGAGAUGCUGUGGUCUAGAGAAGGGAGGCUUGCCAAUCUCCAUGGGUAUGUGUGGGUGUGGGGAUCUGGGGAAGGCUUAGAACUGAAGGAAGAAGAGUUCAACAGAUGAAUGAGGAGGGAGAAGGCGUGAAUGGCAUUUAAGUCAGAGGGAACAGCAUGUGCAGGAAGCAUGGAGGCAUGAACUAGCGGGUUGGAUUUCAGGACCAGCAAGUAGUGUGGAAUGAAGGAAAUGCAUGGGUGCUCCCAGGAGCAGCCAUGUCCACCCUGUACCCGUCACUGGAGGACCUAAAGGUGGACCGAGCCAUUCAGGCCCAGGCCCGAGCCGCACCCAGGAUGCCCGCCCUGCCAGCCCAGAGGGCAGCCGUCGCCCCGCCUGCAGUUUUGUACCCAAACCUGGCGGAACUGGAAAGCUAUAUGGGUCUUUCCCUCUCCAGCCAAGAAGUCCAGCAGAGCCUGCCUCAGACUCCAGCAGGUCACAGCACGGCGGUCUCCGGCCCCUGUCCCGGCCAGGUGGUGGCACCGCUGACCGGGGACAGCCUGGGCGUGCGGCGUGCGGAGAUCAGGCCUGGGGUGCGCGAGAUCCACCUGUGCAAGGACGAGCGCGGCAAGACUGGGCUGCGACUGCGGGCCAUCGACAAGGGGCUCUUUGUGCAGCUGGUCCAGGCCAACACCCCUUCAUCCCUGGUGGGGCUGCGCUUUGGGGACCAGAUCCUGCAGAUUGACGGGCGUGACUGUGCCGGGUGGAGCACGGACAAAGCCCAUCGGGCGGUGAAAAGGGCAUCGGCUGAGAAGAUUGUCAUGAUUGUUCGGGACAGGCCAUUCCAGCGGACUGUCACCAUGCACAAGGACAGCUCGGGCCAGGUUGGCUUUAACAUCAAGAAGGGGAAGGUUGUCUCUGUGGUCAAAGGCAGCUCUGCGGCCUGCAACGGGCUCCUCACCAACCACUACGUGUGCGAGGUGAACGGGCAGAACGUCAUCGGGCUGAAGGAUAAAGAGAUCACAGAGAUUCUGGCCACCGCCGGGAAUGUCAUCACCCUGACCGUUAUCCCCACUGUGAUCUACGAGCACAUGGUCAAAAAGUUGUCCCCGACACUGCUCCACCACACCAUGGACCACUCCAUCCCAGACGUCUGAAGCCACAAGAGGGCAGCACCGGCCCUCCCGCCCUCCACAGCAAAGGGCAGCCGGCCUGGGCCUGGGGUCAGGCUGUCUCCAGGGGGCGUGUUCCAGGUGGGUGGACAUCGGAUGGCGAGGUCUGUCAUUUAUACACACUGGUCUCCUGGGAGCCUCAGUCUCUAGCUGGGCCGAGGCUCAGGCAGGGCCCAAGGGCAGCCGAUUCUUUGUGCUGGUUUACAUGCUGGGCACGUAGGCAGGCCGGCUAAACACUUCUUAAAGUUGCAACUGGGUCCCUUUCAAGAAUUUGCCUGUAGCAGGAAAACAUUACACAUUUUCAGAGAACAGAACUACAUUCUGAGAACGUUUUCUUUGCCUUCACUUUGUCACAGACUGUACAAAGUUAUAACCCUUACUGUCUUUUGAAUAAAGAUUUGAUUUUAAACAAAACCCCUUCCACAGGAAUUGAAAACUCUGGAAUCCUUGAUCCUAUGACAUGCCAGGGCUGGUUUUCUUUUAAACAGUGGUGAGACUAAAGCCUUUUCUACAGAUCACCUCUGAGAGCCAUGCUGUAGCUCUGCCUGCGUCCCAUACCGCCUGGCAGUCUGGCGCAGGGAUGACAGCUUGGGGCCAGGGGCAGUGGCACUGGUGGAGGGGCCCCGGCUUUAGGCCACCCUGCUGCAUGGCUGCGGCUGCUUCUGCAAAGUGGGCGUGAGAACCCACUUCAGGGGAUGUUGGGAGGAUGAAAUGCGAUGUGCUUACAGGGCCCAGUGGGGUCUGACACCCAGGGGAGGGGGGUGCUUCCAGACCCCGUGCCUGACCCCAGGAGGGCGGUGGACCCCAGCAGAGCCCAGCAGGCUGAGUCGGCGCGCAGCUCCCCGCCUCCCUCUGCGCUGGAGAAGAUCGCUGCCCCCUGGCGAGUGUCAUCACCCCUGCG